CACUUUUUCUCUCAGAAUUUUUUGGCUUGUAUUUGCAGCAAAAGAAAAAAAAAUUCAAAGAUUCUCAAGAUUCUUUCGUCAGAUCUAUUUUUCAUCUCCAUUGAUGUAGCAUUUUCUCCCUACAUCUCAGUCUCUGUUGAUAUAAGUCUGAGAAAACUGAUGUGUAAAGUUAUAUAAACUAUAUGCCUAUAUAUAUACACGUAUAUAUGUAUGUAUAUAUCUCUGUUUGAUUGGCGAGAAAUAGCUGAGGAAACUUGAGGUUUCAUAACGAAGUGAGUUUUGAGUUGUGUAAUGUGCAUUUGGUAAUAAGAUCAUUCGGAUUUGAUUAAUAAUUAAGUUGAGAAGUGGAAUUUUCUUUUAUCAACUUUCUCAGCAACCAAACGCGAGAAACUCUACUGCGGCUAGCUAGCUUCUCUCUGUAUAGGAUUCGUUUUGAAGAAAGUUGAAAUUGAAUAAAGGAGCUAAAGUUGAGCUUGAGAGUUGAAAUUAAUACAGUUACAGAGAUGGAAGUGAGCUCGAUUUUUCCAGAUUCGAUGAAUUUGUUGGCGACUAGUGAUCAUUCUUCUGUGGUCUCAAUGAACCUGUUCGUGGCCCUUCUCUGUGCUUGCAUUGUCAUCGGCCAUUUGCUCGAGGAAAAUCGGUGGAUGAAUGAGUCCAUUACGGCACUCGCCAUUGGACUUUGUACUGGAGUCAUUAUAUUAUUUACAACUGGAGGGAAAAGCUCCCAUUUAUUAGUAUUUAGUGAAGAACUUUUCUUUAAUUAUCUUCUUCCGCCUAUAAUUUUCAAUGCCGGGUUCCAGGUGAAGAAAAAGCAAUUUUUUCGCAAUUUCUUAACCAUAAUGCUAUUUGGUGCAGUUGGUACUCUGAUAUCCUUUGCUAUAAUCUCCAUAGGUGCUAUACACUUCUUUGAAAAAAUGAAUGUGGGUCCACUCAAGAUCGGAGAUUAUCUUGCCAUUGGAGCCAUAUUUUCUGCUACGGAUUCUGUUUGCACCUUGCAGGUGCUUAAUCAAGAUGAGACACCCUUGUUAUACAGCCUAGUUUUUGGGGAAGGCGUAGUAAAUGAUGCCACUUCAGUGGUGCUUUUCAAUGCAAUCCAGAGCUUUGACCUUACCCAUAUCAAUUCAGCCAUCGCCUUGAAGUUUAUUGGAAGUUUUCUCUAUUUAUUUGUAGCAAGUACAUUGCUGGGAGCAUUUGCUGGACUACUUAGCGCAUAUAUUAUUAAAAAGCUCUAUUUUGGCAGGCACUCUACUGAUCGUGAGGUUGCUCUUAUGAUACUCAUGGCUUACCUAUCAUAUAUGCUAGCAGAACUAUUUAAUCUAAGUGCCAUCCUCACCGUAUUCUUUUGUGGAAUUGUUAUGUCUCAUUACACAUGGCAUAACGUGACUGAAAGUUCAAGAGUGACAACCAAGCAUGCUUUUGCCACUCUAUCAUUUGUUGCCGAGAUAUUUAUCUUUCUAUAUGUCGGUAUGGAUGCGAUGGAUAUUGAAAAGUGGAAAAUUGUAAGCAGUAGUCCUGGGACGCCGAUUGGUGUGAGUUCAGUACUUUUGGGACUAGUUUUAGUUGGAAGAGCAGCCUUUGUUUUCCCAUUGUCUUUCUUAUCCAACCUGACUAAAAAGUCUCCAGAUGAGAAAAUAGAAUUUAAAGAACAAAUUACAAUUUGGUGGGCUGGUCUGAUGCGAGGUGCUGUUUCAAUGGCACUAGCCUAUAAUCAGUUUACCAGGUCAGGCCACACUCAUUUGCGCGAGAAUGCAGUCAUGAUCACCAGUACCAUAACGGUUGUUCUCUUCAGUACAGUGGUGUUUGGAUUGAUGACAAAACCAAUUGUGAGGUUCUUUCUACCUUGUUCAAAAUACGUCCCCAGCUUGUCUUCCGAACCCUCCACUCCUAACUUCAAAUCUCUAAGAGUGCCACUGCUGGGCAAUGCUCAGGAUGAUACAGAGGCCAACUAUCAAAGUUCCCAAUAUAAUAUAACUCGUCCCACCAGUUUAAGGAUGCUUCUAAGCAUACCAUCUCACACAGUCCACCAUUACUGGAGAAAAUUUGACAAUGGUUUCAUGCGGCCGGUUUUCGGUGGCCGCGGUUUCGUUCCCUUCUUACCAGGUUCGCCUACUGAUCCUCAUUAAGUGUGUUCACUACUAUUCACCAACUCUCACAACACGAAGAAAUCUCGAAAACUACUUACAGUUACAGCUCUCUCUUAUUGGACAAGUUUGUUCCUUAAUUGUGACAACUUUACUUGAUCAUGAUACAAAAGAAAGAAACUAAAGAAAAGCACUAAUUUAGGAAGUAAUAGUGUGGAAUUGAGACUGGGAUUCAUCAUAGUUUUUUGGUUUGUGUAUAGGAGAUAUUGAUCUGGGGUGGCGUGACAUAUAAUUCUAUACGAAAAAGAAAAAAAAAACAAAAAAAAGUUGUUUGGAGUGAUGAUUUGCUUGACUUUAUUUUUUUGGUGUGUCUGAUAUAUAGUUUUGUGAGGAGUUGUCUCCGUGCAGCUUUGAUUAGCUGUUUUGAGUUUUGUCUGAUUGGUUUUGUAAAAGAUUGAUUGACAUAUAUUCUAAUCUCAGAAAGUUUUUUCUUAUAGUGAAAAGGAAUGAAUGAAUGAGACAGUUUUGAUUUUUUUUU